AUGAUGUGCUAUAAAUGUGCUGCAAAAUUUGGUCUUCUUAAGCGUCAGAAUUACUGUAGACGCUGUAAUAAGUUAUUCUGCAAGAAUUGCCUAUUCAAAUCCACUCAUGAUGGUAAUUUGAUCUGUAAAGAUUGCUUAAAGAAUAAAAGUGAUACGUAUAGAAUUUCUAAAAAUCGCAUCUUUGUAAUUUUACUUGUUAAUAAUAAAUUUACCGUAAUAUUAAGUGAAAGUGAUGGAAAUAAGCAAAAGGCAUCGAAAGCUGUUAAUGAACAGGCAGCUAGUUUUUCCUCACUUAAUUAUACAAGUGCUCAACUUACCGCGCAAAAACAACGCAGCAAACACGCUAACCAGAGAGGUAGUGGACUUAAAUAUACUAACAGUGAAGAAGAUUUUCAUUCCUCUAACGUACAAAGUGUAAAGGAUAUUGAAGAACGACUAGAGCACCUUCGUAAUGAGAAAGAAAGAGUAAACGUCUGCGAUACCAAAGAUAUCAAGGAACGACUUGAUAAACUGAAGGACAAUCCGUGUAAAGUAUCGGAUAAAGAUAUCGAAGAACGCUUAUGUAAACUACGUGGUGAGAACUAUUCCAGCACCAAGCAAUCACUGCUGGUUCAGAAACAUCGAACCGAAACCGAACAAAUUGAUGAGUUAAUCAACAGAACUGAGGACGAAGUUCAAUUAGAUUACGGGCCAUCAUCCAUUAAGCCACCGCAGGAAUUACUUUCAGAAUCUAGCACUAAUCAGGCAAUGGAUAUUUCCGAAGCUGAAAAACUUAUGCAACAAAUGCAGAUAGAUAUGAUAGAAGAUGAUAAAUUACAAGAUAAAGUAAAAGACUUAGAAUCAAGACUUAAAGCCUUGAAGGCUGAUAAGGAAAAUCAAGGUGCACAUGGAUUCAACGCUUAUACCGAUGAGGUUGACAGCGAUGAUGAUGAAACAUCAGCUAGCAAAUUACUAAAGCAGAUUAUACUAGAAGCUCAGAUGGAUCAAGGUCUUCAACAGUCUGGAUACGGAUUGCUAUGCGAUAGUAUUCAUCUUGAUUUUUUAAGGUCUGCAUUUAAGAAUAGCAGAGAUUUUCAUCUUGCUAAGAUAUUGAAAUAUGGAAUUUACUUAACACUAGGAAAUUUACUGGAAAAGAAGGCAAACCAUGACGAUGAAGAAGACGAGGAAUUACCAUGGUGUACGAUAUGUAAUCGGGAUGCUUCAUUACGAUGCCGCGGAUGUGAUGAUGAUUUAUAUUGCAAGAGAUGUUACAAAGAAUGUCACCAAAGCGAAGACCCUGAAGAACAUUUCGUAGUCUCUUACAAACCUAAGCGAAAAUCUUAA